AUGUUCAAGACGUACGCUACGGUUGGUAUCUCUAUCAUUUGCAGAAUAUCAUAUGGCGAUAAAGUUCUUUGUCAUCCAUGUCGUGUGAUUGUGGAUACCGGGUCUCCAAACUCGUUUGGCCCUAGGAAGUCCUUACAGAAGGUUCUCGCCAAAGACGGUCUGGAAGAUAUCGGUCAUGGUGUAUUGUAUGCUCUCCCCGAAAACUUGCUUCGCGUUCAACCAAUCAAAAUAACCAUGCGGUCAAACACGUUUACUCUGUCAGGGGAUGAACUUGUCAGAGAAUGGAACGAAAAAUUUAUUUUUGCAAUAAUAAUCGACCUUGAUGCCGAAACUAAGGACUGGAUCUUUGGAGUAUCACUUUUGCGAUUUUUUCAUACAAUUUUCGACCAGCAAAAUUCCCAAGUCGGUGUGGCUCGGAAUGUCUAA